AUGGCGCUAAAACUACAAGGGAAAGCUGAGGAUGUGCUUCAAAAGCGUUUUUUUCCCCCUUUGUACCAAAUGCAUUUUUGGUCGCCUUGGAGUGGCUGUUCUUCUGCCUGUGGUCCCGGUGUUUAUGUCAGGUACAGAGGAUGUCGCAUAGGAUUCAAAGAAGUACCCGUAUGUCCAUAUUAUGGUCACGAGGAAUGGCCGUGUUAUGGUCAUUAUUGUUCUACAAGACAUGAAUCCAAACCAUUAAACAAUCAUCAACAUCAAACUAAUGAUAAGCGCACGACACAUCGAUAUGUCACAUCACCAAAAAUAUUCCCAACUCAAGUUACAGUAGAUCAGCAACAUCUUCCCAUCAGUCACCAAUUGGUACAAAAUGGAAUGGCAACACCAUCGGUCCCUUCUCCGUCAUUGCCGUCGCUCAUGAUCUCAAAUCAGACGUCAGGUGGAUUUGCUACACCGCCCCCACCAAUUUCCUCAAUGAUAAAUGGAAAACUAAAGCCGCAAAAUGGAACAAUAGCACAAAGUACCGGAUUUCCUCUAAUUUAUCCUAUAAUAAACGGGAAUUUGGGAGUUCAUUACGGUAACAUGUCUCCACUACCUUUGACAUCAAGGAAUCAAAUUAAGCAGUUGACGCCACCCACACCCUCUUCACCUUUACCAGCAAUAAUUAAUGGAAAUCAAGUAAUACAAAUAACACCCUCUCAAAUGACACCACCAUCACCUACUCCAAAAAAAGUGGCUGUUACACUAUUGUUUCCUUCCCAAGCACCAGCUCUGGUAAAUAAAAGCACUGUCUGGCGAACAACGGUCCUACCAAAGUCGACUAUUAAGCAAUGGAUAACUAUUCCUCGAAUAAAAUAA